CCCAAAUCCUUAAGAUGAGUAAAAUGCUUGUAUAUUUAGUAGUUGUUCAAUGCAGGCACAGGCAAAAUUGAACAAUAUUUUUACAAUUAGCCUGAUUUUAGUGAUCUAAUUAUGGUUUUAGUCCCCUUAUUAUGUUGAAAUUUGGGAUUCAGUUUUUCUACUUUGAUUUGGCAUAAUUUAGUCUUUCUACUUUUACAAUAUUAUUGGUAGGUUCAAAUGGCUAAUAGUACAUCAUUUAAAAAAGAAAACCCAGCUUUGAGAUUCGGCAUAGACUAAUUGAACACUAUUUAUUGGAUUUUUUAAGAAAAUAGGCAACUAUUAACGGUGUUUAUCAACAAUUUGGAUUUACUGAUAAUAUUAAGGAAGCUUUAAAUUCUAAAAUUAGAAAAUCUAAAAUAGGAAGAUUAGAAUCUAAAUUUUAUAGUAGUGGAGGGACUGCAAUCAUCAUUAGACCUAAACUAGUAUGUUUAGUGUUAAAUUGUUAACGGCGUAUAUAGGAAGCUUUCAGACGACGCCGUUGAGUUGGUCUAGUUGCACCGAAUUUAUACGACGACGUUGUGCUGACCUAAGUGGGGGCCAACAGCUCGUACAGAGCUUCAGGUUCAACAUCAAAAUAUUCAAAACACGCUCGAACUUUUCAAAUUUCAAAUCCCUAAUGUUCCCAAAAGAAGAAGGGGUCUCUGCAAAUAAAAUCUAAUCUUCUCUGAUAGAUGGCUCUAAACAACAAGCUCAAAACCCUAGAGACCCGCAUUGGCAAUGGACGGGCCGAAUCGGAACCCGACUCCGAAGAGGACUUGGAGGAGCUGCAGACAGAUGUGAAGGAAAUGGCAGAGAAGAUUCUAGAAUAUAGAGCUACUAUUCCAGAUCAGCUUAAGACGACUCUCGAUUCAAUUCUUUCCACUCAAAGACCCGAUUUGCCCCGCAUUGAUGAUGGGUCGGAGCCUGGACCUUCAGCACAAAAUAAUGCAGAUUCAAAAGAGAUGAACUCAGAUGCCGAACAAAGGGCGGAAGAGAGGAUACGAUCACUUAAAGGCAAAAUUUCGAGCAACAUUUCAGCAAUGCCGGUUGUUUUGAAAAGGAUGAAAGUUUGCAUUUCCAGGAUUGAGAAGCUAGAGUCUUGCAAUGGCAUUAUACAUCCUGCUUUGAAAAAGAGAAAAUUAGUUGAUCCAAUGAAGCUUUAUUUUCAUAAUUGACGAAAUCGAGAUUUCGAAAUGAAAGGCUUACUCUACUCGUGUGUGUGUGUUUUUUUUUUCCUUCCACCAUUGCAGGUAUGGUUAUGGUGUAAUUACUUGAAGAUAUUGAUUUCAAUGUCUGUACCGCAAGGGAGCUUUCUGUAAUGAAAUGCAUUUUUUUUUAUUUAGUAGUAUUUUUGUUUCUCAAUUCUACUAGGGGCUUUGAUUGUCUUCUUAAAAUGUAAGAGCUGUUUUCGGUGUAAUUAUUUGUUAAGAUUAGCCUUUUUAGUAAGUUGUCUACA